CAAGACCAAAAGAAGUCAUGUCUCAGCCUGCCACUCUGCCUCCUCUGAUGAUGAUGAAGAAGAAGACGAAGAAGUGUUCUGGGCCCUCAAUUCUCUCCAGCAAUCAGCAUCCUCAGCCAGGAAAGGUGAAGUUUUUAGGUGUGAGGAUCUACAUCGUGGAGAGACGCAUGGGCCACAGCAGGAGAGGAUUCCUCAGCAGCCUGGCCAGAUCCAAGGGCUUCAGGGUGGAAGACACCCUCGGCGGUAAGGUGACCCAUGUGGUGUCAGAGGGGAACCCAGGCGGGGAGCUGUGGGGCUGGCUGCGUGCCCAGACUGUGGCCCUGGCCGGCACUGCGGAGGUGCUGGACAUCAGCUGGUUCACCGAGAGCAUGAGGGAGGGCAGGCCAGUGGCCGUAGAGAGCAGACAUCGCAUUCAGGAGGACGCGUCUCUCCUGUCUCCUGUGGGUUCACGGAGCGCCGUGUCUCAGUACGCGUGUCAGCGCAGGACAACUCUGGACAAUCCCAACAAGAUCUUCACGGAUGCUUUUGAGGUGCUGGCAGAGCACUCAGACUUCAGUGGCAGCAGUGGUCCAGCGUUGGCCUUCAAGCGGGCCGCCUCGGUGCUGCGGAGCCUGUCCAGCGCUCUGCACUGCCUGGGGGACACGCGGGACCUGCCCUGCCUGGGGGAGCAGAGCAGAGCCGUCAUGGAGGAAAUCUUUGAGUGUGGCAGAAGCUUCAAAGUUCAAGGCAUACUCAGUGACGAGAAAUUUCAAACAAUGAAGCUGUUCACGAGUGUUUUUGGCGUGGGCCCCAAGACAGCAGAGAAGUGGUUCCUGAGAGGACUGCGGUCCCUUGAGGAGAUAGCCACCCACCCACAUGUUCAUCUCAACAGAAUGCAACAAGCAGGUUUUCUUUAUUAUGCUGAUAUCUCGAGAGGAAUCUCCAAGUCUGAGGCAGAGGCAUUGGGACGCAUUGUUGAGGACACUCUUCACCAGAUUGCACCAAACGCCUCCAUGGUUUUGACAGGUGGCUUCCGCAGGGGGAAGGAGUUUGGGCAUGACGUGGACUACAUACUGACCACACCUGACGCCGGGACCGAGGAAGGACUGUUGCUACGGGUGAUAGAUCGCCUCAACUAUCAGGGCAUUCUGCUGUACCAGGAGUACCAGGAGUCCACCUUUGACAAGAGCCGGCUGCCCUGCCGCAGGUUCGAGGCCAUGGACCACUUUCCAAAAUGCUUCCUCAUCAUCAAGCUCCACGCAGAGGUGGUGCCGGAAGGGGCACUGUCAUGUGACCACGGGGACCGCCGUGGUUGGAGAGCGGUGAGGCUGGACCUUGUGGCGCCACCUGCUGACCGGUUCGCCUUCGCACUACUGGGCUGGAGUGGAUCGACGAUGUUUGAGCGAGACCUGAGACGCUUCGCCCGCUUAGAGAGAGGGAUGCUGCUGGACAAUCAUGCCCUGUAUGACAAGAGCAAGGAUGCAUUUCUGGUGGCCAAAACUGAGAGGGAUAUUUUCGAUCUUCUGGGGCUGGAUUACAUCGAACCUUGGCAACGCAAUGCAUAGAACUCCAAGAAGCGGAGAAUGCUGAGUGCUUCCAUUCAUUCGCCAUCAGAUGGGCACUCAGAUUGGCACCCAACACUGCCACUUCUGUGUGUGUGUGCAUGUGUGUGUGUGUGUGUGUGUGUGUGUGUGUGCACGUGUAUGACACACGUUUGCGUGUUUGCAUGCUUACAAGCGUGCCGACGGUGCUUCAGAGUGCUAUCUCCACACUAUGUUAUUCAGCGCAGGCUUGUCAGAUCUGGCAGAUGCACCCUCAUCACGCCUUAUUGUUCUCCUCCAAACGCAUAAACAGCUGUUUAUCUCCUCCACAAACUCUUAGUGGGGCUUUUAUGUAGGCACAGAGAAUGUAGGCUUACGUACACACAUACACACACACACACAUUCAAGGAAUGCAAGAGUGGAGUGUUGAGAGAGGUGUUCAGGGAGGGUUUGGACUUGACUAAAUUUCUCUGAUUAUACAGUGUACAUCAAUAAUGAAUACACCCCUUUUGAAAUGUUGAAGUUAUUUCCAAAUUGUGCAUAAAGUAAGCUGAAUACAGAAAAGAAAAAUAAAUCAAAAUGAGUUAAAUUGCAUAUUUUUCCAUGUUUGUGACAGAAAAGAAAAAUAAAUAAAAAUGAGUUCAAUUGCAUAUUUUUCCAUGUUUGUGACAGAAAAGAAAAAUAAAUAAAAAUGAGUUCAAUUGCA